CGUCACGGAAUAUAUACCAGCGGCUUUAGAAAAAUAAGGAAACAGCCAGGCCGAACCAGGACUACGAGACAAUUGGGCAGAGAGAAGGCAUGACGGAUCCGCCGAGGCGCUGGCGCUGCGGAGAGCUGCUGCUGCUCCUCACGCUCCUGGGGACGCUGUGUGAGACAGGAACCGGGCAGAUCCGCUACUCGGUGCCCGAGGAGCUGGAGACAGGCUCCUUCGUGGGCAACAUCGCCAAGGACUUGGGGCUGGAGCCCGAGGAGCUGGUGGAGCGGGGAGUCCGCGUUGUCACCAAAGGUAGGACGCAGCUUUUCUCUCUGAAACCCCGAAGCGGCAGCUUGGUCACCGCGGACAGGAUAGACCGGGAGGAGCUCUGCGCUCAGAGCGCGCGGUGUCUGGUGAGUUUUAACAUCUUGGUUGAGAAUCAAAUGAAGAUUUAUGGAGUAGAAGUAGAAAUAAUCGAUAUUAAUGAUAACUUCCCGCGAUUCCGGGAUGAAGAAUUAAAAGUUAAAGUUAAUGAAAAUGCGGCUGUGGGAACGCGGCUAGUGCUUCCCUUCGCGCGGGACGCGGACGUGGGUGUGAACUCCCUCCAGAGUUACCAGCUCAGCUCCAAUCUGCACUUCUCUCUGGAUGUGAUAAGCGGAACUGAUGGACAAAAGUACCCGGAGCUGGUGUUGGAACAGCCCCUGGACCGCGAGAAAGAGGCUGUUCACGACCUCCUCCUCACAGCUUUAGAUGGCGGAGACCCGGUACUCUCCGGCACCACGCACAUCCGUGUGAUGGUUCUCGACGCAAACGAUAACGCGCCCCUGUUCACUCAAUCCGAAUACAGAGUGAGCGUCCCAGAGAACAUACCUGUAGGCACUCAGCUGCUCACGCUAACCGCCACGGAUCCAGACGAGGGAAUAAACGGGAAAGUGACCUACUCUUUUCGCAAUGAAGACGACAAAAUUUCAGAGACUUUUCAACUCGAUUCCAACCUGGGGGAAAUCUCAACUAUGCAAUCACUGGACUAUGAAGAAUCCAGAUUCUACCUCAUGGAAGUGGUAGCUCAGGAUGGAGGCGCUCUUCUUGCCAGUGCUAAGGUGUUGGUCUCAGUACAGGAUGUGAAUGACAAUGCCCCCAAAGUGAUCCUCACCUCUCUCACCAGUUCUCUUUCUGAAGACUGUCUUCCCGGAACUGUAAUUGCACUGUUUAGUGUACACGAUGGUGAUUCUGGAGAAAAUGGUGAGAUUGCAUGUUCUAUUCCCAGGAACCUGCCUUUUAAAUUAGAAAAAUCAGUUGAUAAUUACUAUCACCUAUUAACAACAAAAGCCCUUGACAGAGAAGAGAUUUCAGAAUAUAAUAUCACCAUAACCGUCAUUGACCAUGGAACCCCACCCUUAUCUACAGAAAACCACAUCUCCCUGAAAGUAGCAGACGUCAAUGACAACCCACCUGCCUUCCCUCAUGCCUCCUACUCCACCUCCCUCCCAGAAAACAACCCCAGAGGCAUCUCUAUCUUCUCCAUGACUGCCCUCGACCCUGAUAGUGGUGACAACGCUCGGGUUACUUACUCCCUGGUCAAAGACACAUUUCAGGGAGUUCCUCUAUCUUCCUAUGUGUCCAUUAACUCUGACACCGGCGUCUUAUAUGCUCUCCAAUCCUUUGACUAUGAGCAGUUGAGAGACCUCCAGAUGUGGGUGACAGCCAGCGACAGUGGGAACCCGCCACUAAGCAGUAACGUGUCACUGAGCCUGUUUGUGCUGGACCAGAAUGACAAUGUACCUGAGAUCUUGUACCCUGCCCUUCCUACCGAUGGUUCUAUGGGUGUGGAGCUGGCACCACGCUCUGCAGAACCUGGCUACUUGGUGACCAAGGUGGUGGCAGUGGACAGAGACUCGGGCCAGAAUGCCUGGCUGUCCUACCGCCUGCUCAAGGCCAGUGAGCCAGGGCUCUUCUCAGUGGGGCUGCACACAGGUGAGGUGCGCACGGCACGGGCCCUGCUGGACAGAGAUGUGCUCAAACAGAGCCUUGUGGUGGCUGUCCAGGACCACGGCCAGCCCCCUCUCUCAGCCACCGUCACACUCACCGUGGCUGUCGCUGACAGUAUCCCUGAAGUCCUGGCUGACCUGGGCAGCAUCAAGACUGCUUCUGAUCCCUAUGAUUCAGGCCUCACGCUGUACCUGGUGGUGGCAGUGGCUUCAGUAUCCUGCGUCUUUCUUGCUUUUGUCAUUGUGCUGCUGGCACUCAGGCUGCGGCGCUGGCACAAAUCACACCUGCUUCAGGCUUCAGGAGAUGGAUUGGCAGGCCUACCUGUCUCACAUGUUGUGGGCGUGGACGGGGUACAGGCUUUCCUGCAGAGCUAUUCCCAUGAGGUCUCCCUCACCGCUGACUCUAGGAAGAGUCACCUGAUCUUCCCCCAGCCCAACUAUGCAGACAUGCUCAUUAGUGAAGAAGGCUGUGAAAAAAGCGACCCUCUUCUGAUUUCUGAUAAGGUAAAUGCAAGCAAAACAGAACCAGGAGUUGUUCAGGUUAGUUUUAAUUUUCCAUAAGGAUGACUGGAACAUUUUCUUCAUUU